UUUUAUGAAGAGGGCUGCCAGCUCCUUCCCUGUAACACUGUGUGAAGCGUGAGUGGGGUACGCAGAGGCUUUCUGCUGGGAAGGCUGGCUCGAUCCUGAGAACCCCUGUCUGGAUGGGAGGGAAACCAGCAAGCAAAGGAAGGCAGGCUGUGAGGAGGAGGGUUUUGCUAGAGUGUGGACCUUGUUUUGAUUCAAUUACAUGCUAAUUAGUGUUAACAAAAAGGUAAGAUGAAUGUCAUGCCCAGCUAAUGGAUUGGGUUCCAUGAGUUAAUUGACAAAGAGCACUAUUUCUUCUUUUUUUAUUUUAAUGACUGCAUAGCACAUGCAUUCAUUUUAGGUAACAGUCUCUGGUUUCUAUGGGGAUCGUCCUUCUGCUUGUUAAAGGUACUAUUAAGAAUCUUUCACGUUAUUUGAGUUAUUGCUAAGAGCUAGUAUUUUAAAACUAUCUCAGCUGUAGAUGCCUACAUCAAUACUUUGUGUCUGGCAAUGAAAUCUGAGGAGGGUACAACUUGGAAUAGGAGCAAAAAUUUUUUUUGCUUGUUUGAAUCAGGCUAAUGCAGCCUGAUAACAUUUCAUGCUCAGAGAGUGUUACUCCUUGCAGGUACAGUGAACUUGAAAUACCAUAAAGGCUAGAAGAACAUCUGGGCAGCAUGCAGUGUUGGACUGUUGUAUUUACUUUCUCAAUGUACUUCUGUGCAGCUUCAUGUACUGUGUGGCUGCUUAUCUGUGAUAUUUCUCUCAAUUAAAAAUAGUGUAGGGGAUGACUGGAAACAGCUGUCCUUCCAUCUGAGCACAGUGGAAUUGCUAUGUGGCAAGGAGGAUAAAAUGAACUCGGUUUGACCUUGUUUAGCAGGCUUUAAGCGUGUUUGUUUCUAACGUGAAAAGAGCUGCUACUCAUGCAGCGGUUACCUUUAGUAUUUCCUCUUCCUCAUAUUACUUGGAGAAAUUUUCAGAGGCACAGACAAGCUGAAUACUUAUCUCCUGCUCGUUCAGUCUGUGUACUGAGAAGGUUGUCAACUAACGUCAGUUGUAGUAAGGGUUUUACAUAAACAUAGCUUGUUGUCUGAGAAGACCAAAGAUACACUUCUUAAAUGAAAAACAAUUAAUCUUUUGCUUUUAAUGAUGGAAUUCUGUGCAGCCAGUAUGGGAUAUGCUUUGUCACAUGUGAUUGUUUAUAUGUGACACUCAUGUCCCAGGCAGUAUUGACUUACAGGAAACUUUCCAGCUGCUAGUUCACUCCAACUUCCCUGGAUGCCUCCUAGCUUCCCAGUCCUGUUACAAAGUUUGAAUCCAAGGUUGUAGCCCAAGAGAUGUUAUCCAACAGAAACACCUCAGAACCUAACCCAUGGUAGAAAGUGACAGCUUUGCCCCACCAGGAGGAUGUGCAACAGCCUAGUACAGUUCUAAGCCAAGGAAGAUACUGGUGUUAGACUAGUGUCUUUCACGGGUUGGACAGUGAAUGACUAAUACGUACAGAACAUAAAAGUGCCUCUAGACAUUGUGAAAAGACUCAGAGUGUAAUUGCUAUAAUGCUUGUUGAAUUACUUUGUUGCCUGGAAUGUUGUUAUCCUUUUCCAAGGAAAGGAGAUGCUGGGGAAAGGUGAGUAGCAAUGAAAUGGGAAAUGUAUACAGUUUUGUUCUGAAGCUUCUUAAUAUUUAAUGCUGUGCAAAGUUUCUGGUGUAAUUUUUCUCUGAGUGGGUAACUUUGAGAUGUAUGAAGGGAAAUACUUGAUUUGAAGGCAUCAGUAGAAAGAUCUACCAGUCUAUGUUGAAGCUGAUCUGGUUCAUCAGAGUAGCUCAUUAAUACACAAGUUACUGAUAGUUGCAAGUGGAAAAAGAAUGUUUCCCUGAGGGAUAUCCACUCACUAAUUUUCCGCUGUUCCAAGUGGAUAUUUCUGUCUGCUUAUCCUUUUUUUCCCCCUUCAGGCUCUGACUUUGUCUCUCUAAAGAGUUCUUCCUUAUCUUAGAACCUUUCGGGUUUUUUUUUUUUUAAUGCUUCAUUCUUUCCACUUGCAUGUAGUAUCAGUCAGCUGAUGUAUAAAUGACAAUAUGACAUAAUUUGUAGAAGCAAUUCAACAGCUGAGAGCCUGGAGUCUUGAAUGAAGUUCCUCUGUAGGACCCUGAAGAAUAGUUCAGAAGUUCUCUAGCAGCUUCUCUUCUGAAGUAUUUAUGAAAAACCCUCUGAUUUAUUUUAUUUUUACAUUCUUCAUUUAUAUUAGUUCUAAUGGAGGUGAAACUUGCUUUGGAAGUAAGGUUAUAAAAUCAAUGCAAUUCAAACCAGAUGAAAGAUUUAAAUUAGACAAAGCCAAACCCAACCAAACAAAACGUCCCAGCUUCUCCCCUACUCCAGGGCAUUGUAAUAAUGUAUCAUUACUAUGUGAGAAAUACUUUAAUAACUGGAGAGUUAGAGAUAUUUUUGAAAGCAAGUGGUUUGACUGAGUAUCUCCUAGCAACUUAGGAAGCUUUAAAUACAACUGAUUGAAUACUGCCUGUGGAAAAUAUCAUCAAGCCCAAAGCACCUGCCAAAACCAGAUGAUGAUUCCAUUCUUCAAAACACAUCAGAUAGUAAAUAGGUACCCUACAAAAACACUAACAGAUCUGACUGGCUCACAAAUCAAUUACACUUCAACUCAAAAGAGCUUCUGGUAACAUCAUGGUGCUAUGGUCAACUUGCAGAACAUCGGUACUUAAAUCUGUAACAAACCGAUUCAUUAAGAAUUUGGCCUGCUCGGGGAUCUGUGCCAGCCUAGUCUGUGUGCCUUUUGACAUUGCUCUUAGUGCCAGUCCACACUGCUGCUGGUGGAUCUAUACGAUGCUGUUCUGCAGAAUUGCCAAGUUCCUGCACAAAGUCUUCUGCUCAGUGACCAUCCUUAGUUUUCCAGCCAUUGCUCUUGACAGGUACUAUUCUGUUUUGUACCCUCUGGAAAGAAAAAUAUCUGAUGCAAAAUCCCGAGACCUAGUUAUCUAUAUCUGGGCCCACGCAAUAGUGGCCAGCAUUCCAGUAUUUGCUGUGACCAAUGUUUCUGAUAUUUAUGCCAUGUCCACAUGUUCUGAAUCCUGGAGUUACUCCCUUGGCCACCUGAUAUACGUCAUUAUCUAUAACAUCACCACUGUGAUUGUACCAGUGGCUGUGGUAUUCCUCUUUAUGAUCCUUAUUCGCAGGGCACUGAGUGCCAGCCAGAAGAAAAAGGUCAUCAUAGCUGCAUUAAGGACCCCUCAGAAUACAAUUUCUAUUCCUUAUGCCUCCCAGCGAGAAGCUGAGCUUCAUGCCAUGCUGCUUUCCAUGGUUAUGAUAUUUAUUUUCUGCAGUGUUCCCUAUGUGACUUUGGUGAUUUAUCGCACCAUACUCAAUAUUUCAGAUAUUUCAGUCUUCUUGCUUCUCACUGCCAUUUGGUUGCCCAAGGUCUCUUUGCUGGCCAAUCCUUUGUUAUUUUUAACUGUUAACAAAUCGGUACGGAAGUGCUUAGUGGGGACAAUAGUACAGCUGCACCGAAGGUAUAGCAGGAGAAACAUUGUCAACUCGGGUGGUGUUACAGAUACUAAUCUGGAGCCCAGUGUCCGUUCAGGGAGCCAGCUUCUGGAGAUGUUUCAUAUCGGGCAACAACAGAUCUUCAAGCCAAUGGAAGAUGAGGAGAAUGAGACCAAAUCCAUUGGCUCUGGUGACUUUCAACGGAAAGAAAUUCCCACCACCAGUUUAGAGGUAGGAGAGACUUUGGUUCACAAAUUUAUACCACAGAUGACUGCAGACUCCACAGCACAGGUGGUGCCAGUAGUGCCCACAGAAGCUGAUAUGUUAAAUGACAAGUAUUCCAUGCAGUUUGGUUUUGGGCCCUUUGAGCUGCCUCCACAGUGGCUCUCAGAAAACCGAAACAGUAAGAAGCGACUCCUGCCUCCUUUGGGGAAUACCCCCGAAGAGCUAAUCCAGACAAAACAGCCUAAGUGUAAAGCAGAAAGAAAAAUCAGCAGAAACAAUAAAGUCAGUAUCUUUCCCAAGGUGGAUUCCUAGUAAGAGCAGGAGCUUUAAGUGACAGAGGAAGGUCCCCUUCUAUUAUUUGUGUGAUCCCAUGGAUCUUUGUUACAGGCUGAUUUUUUUUGUCCCAAAUAUAAUUUAAACAAACAAAAGGGAAGCGUAUAUACAAGUGUUCCUUAUUAAUAUGUUUUCAUGAAAAUAAUGUAUCAAAAGAUGGUGUUUCCUAGUUUUAUGUGUGCAGUUCCUACAAUGAUACCUGCCUGAUUAACUUUCAAAAAGUAUAUAUGGCUUUGGGGACACUUUUUAUGGCUGAAAUAUGGAAAUAUGGCAGUCAGUUUGCUGGGCAGCCUCAAGUUAUAUUAAAACACACUGUGGGUAUCAAAGUAACUUUAGUUAGUGGGGACAAGUGUAGGGCUGUAGGGGAGUAGAAGACAUGCAAAAUGGGUAAGUCCUGACCACUUUUAGAUAGACACAGCAGGGUUCUGCACAUUUCAUUAAUGAAGUAAGAUGGACUAUUUAUUAAGUACAUCUAUUUUCUGUUAAGAUCAUUUCUUAAAUCAGUGUUAAAAAUAAAACUUGCUGGGCUUUUUACACAAAUUAGUUACCAAGUAUCUGCCAAACAUCUAAAGUUUUUUAAAAGCUAAAACCACUGGUUUUUGGCUUAAACUUCCACAAAGCCAAGGAUACCCAAAUCAUCGUGUGUCAAACACAAGAAAGAUGUUUUUUUAAAAAAACAUAUAUUCUUGUAGUUUUAAGUAAAAACUGGAUUGGAGACCAUACAGGACAAAUCCUGACUCCAGUAAACAAGUAUGUAUGUGCCAAGGGCAUAAAUAGAACACUUUGAUCCUGUGAUAAAGAGCAUAUACAAAUGUCUCCACAGUGUAAUGUGUGUAUUGUGUAACUAACCAAGCAGUCAACCUUAAAAUAGACUCAUCUGCUGGUGCACUUUGCUGUUUUCUUAUGGGAAAGCUAGCAAAAGAAAGAAAUGGGUCAGAAAUCCUGGUAGCCUUGUACUGAACUGCUGAGUGAGAAACCUGAUAACAGACCCCAAAAGGCAAGAUUUAUUAAUGCUGUUGCUCACUAUUGUCAGAGGUAGGGUUUCCCUUCUACCGUCACAGAUGUAGAUACCAACCAUCCUACUUCACUUUUCUCACAGAGUAGACCAGCCAGUAUAUGAACAUGAGACUUUCAAAUCUGGUGCCUGACUCCUGAGUGAAUCAGUGAUGCCGUCCCUGGUAUGAGCACACCAGCCUUUCUAUGAGUUCAGGCAUUGUGCUGCAGCUUGCUCCUCUGCGUCAUCAUGGGCAUAUUGUCUCGUUUGUCCUGAGUGUGAAUUUUAAAUUACAUUGGUCUGUUAGAUGACCUGAAGCUACUGUAACCCUGGCAUUUUAAUCCUUGUUCAGUUAGUUGCAAGUAGUCUUUCCUUCUUCCUUAUCUGCAUUCACUGUAGUCUCUGUGGGUAGUUUCUUAAAAGCACCAUCUAGUAACAUCUAUGUACUCCUUGUGGUUCCGCCUGUGCUUUAGCCCUUUGGUAUAUGCUGAACCUGUAUCUGUAGUUAACUUCUGUGUAUGAAAGUAGUUUUCUCUGAAGCAUACUUUUAAAAGGACAAGGAGAAGAAUCUUGCCAAGUUGCCAGUAACUUACUGAAUCCAACUGGUUAAUGUUCAAAGUGAGAAAAAAUUCUUCUGAAGCAGAAUUUGGAGAUGUACCUGUUCUUCCUUUGUCAUGUUUGGAUGUGGCUUUGAGCAACGUGGUCUAGUGGAAGGUGUCCCUGCCCAUGGCAGGGGGUUGGUACUAGAUGAUCUUUAAGGUCCCUACCAACCCAAACCAUCCUAUGAUUCUAUGUUUGAAGAACAUCAGCAGCUUCUGAUGGCUCCAAGGUGGUAGAUUUCUACAAGGCAUUAAAAGCAAAUGUUUUAAUAAAAAUGUAUUUAAAAGUUUAUAAA